AAUUGGGAACUUUAUAUAAUUCAUGUCUUGUACUCUCUCCCCCAGCCCUGCCCCCCCCCCCAUUAUUUUGAUGCUAAUAAAACCAAGCUGUGUUGUAAAAGAAUAAGCCACAGAAUAAAAGUAAUUGGCUUAAGCUGUGGAGGGGAAAGAAGGGUUUUAAGCAUUGUUUUGACACUUUUUGUCUUUACUUUAUCUCUUCCUCCUUCUGUGUACCUCCUCCUUGCCUACAGGAGACUAGCAGUGUCACUGCCCUUCCUUUACUCCUUUCCCCCCUUUCCCCCCUGCCACGUAAUCUUCUACUCCUGGUUCACAGGAAGAACAUUCUAGCUCUUCAGCUGUGAGUUUCUGCACACAGUGUAAACAAAUAUGACAGUUACUUUAGAGGCAGUAGUUCUACUAACCUCUGACUAGGGAAGUUGCCAGACUGGGGAAAUGAGAUAAGAAGGCAAGAAAUGGGAGAUGACAGAAUUCAGAAGGGAAGUCCAAAGGGGUUCAACUUUUUAAAAUCCAGGUCUUGGGAAAAACUUCCUGAACAACUGCAAGCUGCACCGUUUAUCCUAAUAACCAAUGACAACUGGAAAGAAAACCUUGGAUUUUCUACCAGGAUAUGUCUCCACUUGAUGAAACUGUUCUGUUGUUAUUUGUUCAGAAGAUACUUUUUUUUAUAGACUCGGAACUUCAGAGCCCUCUCUUAAUUGGAGAGGACAACAAACUUUGUUGAAGUUCACAAGCACCAAACUACAGUAACUGGUGGGUCUUGGCUGUUCUUUCCUCCACAGUUAAUCUGUUGAGAGCAGACCUUUACCUGAGAAGCUCCUGACUACUACAGGUCUUUGGAGGCUGAGAGAAGAGUAGCAGUUUUGAAACCUUUUCCACUGUGAUAUGGCUCAUAUCUGCUGUGCCACUGUUCAGCACUCUAAGACUGCAACAUGAAAUGUGUUUGUCUUCUGCUGGCUUAGUGUAGUCUGCUUGGUUCUUAGCAGCAUCUGCUAAACUGCCAUCUGUUUUGCAACUGUUGAUUCUACUCCUUGGCCAUGCAGUAGUGUAGCAAUGACUGUUGGUUCUUGUUUUGACAAACCUCUCUUCAAUUAUGACAGUGGGGCAUUACAUUUGGAAAAUGAUAGCUUGCUUUCUUCAAAACUGUUUUCUAGCAUCACUUCCCCACUACCUCAAUCUUGCACUGUUUAAGAAAGCCAUGCAAUUUGACGGAAUACUGUGCUGCUGUUGCUGUUAUAUUUUUUGGUUUUGUUUGUACUUUCAAUGUUAAUUUUAACAUGUAAAUAGAGCUAUACCUCUCAUAUAUGUUCUCUAGAGGUUGUUGAAGGGAUUUUCCCCUAGAUGGUGUUUUCAACAAAAAUGUCUUUUAAUAGAGAAGUAUUUCUUCCUGUUUCAGUGGUGAGUUGGAAUGUUUUUUCCACUUGGAAAUGUGAUUUUAUUUUUUUUUAACCUUUUAAAAUUGUCUCCUGAUUUCUUACUAAGUCACUGGUAAUUGUUUUUACAUAGAAACCAGUGCUUUGAUUGUUCAAUAUAAGACAGUGGUUCUCCAUUUUGUAACCAAAAACCACAAGGGAGGAUGAGACUAGUAGUGUUCAGUUCUCAGAAACACUUUUUGCUUUUGAGUUAAUUUACUCCACGCAUGCCUGAGCACUGGUGAUUCUUUCCUUAAAAAAAUCAAAGAAACAAUUAAGGAAGAUGUAUUCUCUACUAAUUAACUCUUGUCUCGUGGUCUGAACUAUUAAGCAGAAUUCAGUUUUCAGUAGAGUUCAUGAAGCAAAGUCUACUACAAUGUGGCAUGCUUGUGAAAACAUAAUUUAGUCCUACUUUUGCUGCCAUCUUUCAUUGCAUCACUUUAGGAGAAUCUGGGGGAGAGGUCUAAGGGAAACGUGGAAAAUUUGUGACAUUUUUCACAUAUGUCAUGCAAAAAGUCUUUCUGAUCUAUUGUUAUUUUUCCUAUGUUCUCUGUGUAUAUAAAGCUGUGCAGAUAAUGGUGGCUCUGAAUGGACUAAGGAUCCUUAGAUGCGACUGUCUGAGGAGAUGAUCUUUGCCAAAACAAUUGUGCAACCAUUCGAAUUGCUUGGAAAUUUUCUGAUGAAACAGUGUUUUCCUGAAAAUUAUCAGCAUGGUGAAACUGAAAUGUUUUGCAAAUAUGGACUGACUUUUGCCAAAGUUCUGAUGGAAUAUAUGAGACCUAUUGCUUGUGGCAGGUCUUUGAUUGUUUUUCUAGUAACACCUACUUGGCAGGUUGCUGUGAUGCUGAGUCUUCUAAGAUGUUCAUCCUGCUUUUCUGACAGCACCCCAGGUAGUGUGCUUACUGGGGUUGCCCUAGAGCAAGGGCUUCAUUCCCUUGUGAAGAACUUAGAAAUCACAAUUAUUAUUUUUUUAUUAUUACUCCUAAUAAGUAUGAAAAUAUUGAAAUUCUCCAUAAUAACAGCUCUUAUUCACUUUGUCCUUUUUGUCUUGCAAGAGGAUCAGGCCAGGAUCAUUACUGUUUCCUUUUGCAAGAGUUCACAGACUCUUGUUGAAUUGCUGAUCUAGACAGUGGUUCGCCAAGUUCUGAAAACUGUCAAUUAUGUCCCACCACUGCUUGUGUACCCGCUUUCUCUGACUUCCUGUGGAUACCAGCAGCAAGUGAGUGUCUUGUGACAUGCAUAUUUAAAGGGCUUCAUCACUCUCAUGUUUCAUACAGAGGUUUCUCAAGUGAUUAAAGGCAAAUGCUCUGAACACAACCAAAACGAACAAUGGCCUGUCUUACUAUGACAAAUAUGGAAGACACAGGAACUUCUACUGUCCACCAGAAUGGUGACAUUCGUGGGAAUACCAGUGCACCUAAGCAGACAGAACCAUUGCUCCAAGUGUACCUUUAUCAUUCUCCUGGGAAGACAGGAGGAGAUUACCUUCAAUUUUCAGCUGGAGAAUAUGUUGCAGAAGAGAUUUGCGCUGUUGCCUGUAAAGCUUGUGGUAUCAUUCCAAUGUAUCAUAACAUGUUUGCACUCAUGAGUGAAGUAGAGAGAAUGUGGUAUCCCCCAAAUCACAUCUUCCAUGUAGAUGAAGCAACCAGACUCAACCUGAUUUUCCGGAUAAGGUUUUAUUUUCCCCACUGGUAUUGCAAUGGCAGCAGCAGAGCAUAUCGAUACGGCAUUCUUCGAGGUGCAGAAAGCCCUGUUCUUGAUGAUGUUGUCAUGUCCUACCUAUUUGCACAGUGGCGAGAUGAUUUUUUGGAUGGAUGGAUUCAGAUGCCUGUUACUCAUGAAACACAAGAAGAAUGCCUAGGAAUGGCAGUUUUGGAUAUGAUGAGAGUGGCCAAAGAAAAGGACCAAACCCCACUGGCUAUUUACAAUUCAGUCAGCUACAAAAUGUUUUUGCCUAAAUGUGUGCGAGCAAAAAUCCAAGAUUACCACAUUUUGACACGAAAAAGAAUAAGGUACAGGUUCCGCAAAUUUAUACAGCAGUUUGGCCAAUGCAAAGCUACUGCCAGGAACUUGAAGCUUAAAUAUCUUAUAAAUCUGGAAACCCUUCAGUCUGCCUUCUACUCAGAGGUUUUUGAAGUAAAGGAACCUGGUGGAGAUCCUUCUGGAGAAGAAAGUUUUGCAACCAUUGUAAUAACUGGAAAUGGUGGAAUUCAGUGCUCAAGAGGAAAACUUAAAGACUAUGAGACACUGGCAGAGCAGGAUUUACAAACAUACUGUGAUUUUCCUGAUAUCAUUGAUGUCAGUAUUAAACAAGCAAGCCAAGAAGGCUCCAGUGAGAGAAGAAUUGUCACCAUUCACAAGCAGGACAGCAAGAAUCUGGAGGCUGAAUUUCAGUCAUUGAGAGAAGCUCUCUCCUUUGUAUCACUAAUUGAUGGAUAUUACAGAUUAACUGCGGAUGCCCACCAUUAUCUCUGUAAAGAAGUGGCACCACCAUCAGUUCUUGAAAAUAUCCAAAGCAACUGCCAUGGACCAAUUUUCAUGGACUUCGCUAUCAGUAAACUGAAGAAAGCAGGUAAUCAGACCGGUUUCUACGUUCUUCGUUGCAGUCCUAAAGAUUUUAAAAAAUACUUCCUCACCUUUGCUAUAGAGCGUGAGAAUGCAACUGAUUAUAAGCACUGCCUAAUUACGAAGAAUGAAAAUGGAGAAUAUAAUCUUAGUGGAACCAAGAGAAGUUUCAGUAAUCUUAAGGAUCUCUUGACCUGUUACCAGACAGAAACUGUCCGUUCAGACAGCAUAAUUUUCCAGUUCAUCAAAUGCUGUCCUCCAAAACCAAAAGAUAAAUCAAAUCUCCUAGUCUUCAGAAGCAAUAGUGUUUCUGAUGUACCUUCAUCACCUACGCUACAGAGACACAAUAAUGUCAAUCAGAUGGUCUUUCAUAAAAUCCGGAAUGAGGACUUGAUAUUUGAGGAGAGUCUUGGACAGGGCACAUUUACUAAGAUUUUCAAAGGUGUAAGGAAAGAAGUGGGAGACUAUGGCCAACUUCAUCAAACUGAAGUUCUUUUGAAGGUGCUGGAUAAAGUGCAUAGAAACUACUCUGAGUCCUUCUUUGAGGCAGCAAGUAUGAUGAGCCAGCUUUCUUACAAACAUUUGGUGUUAAAUUAUGGAGUCUGCGUAUGUGGAGAGGAGAAUAUCCUUGUACAAGAAUAUGUAAAAUUUGGAUCCUUGGACACAUACCUGAAAAAGAACAAAAAUGUUAUCAAUAUCUUGUGGAAGCUGGAAGUAGCCAAACAGUUGGCAUUAGCCAUGCAUUUCCUGGAGGAUAAAGGCCUUGUUCAUGGGAAUGUCUGCGCAAAAAACAUUUUGCUUAUCAGAGAGGAAGACAGGAAGUCUGGAAACCUUCCAUUUAUAAAACUAAGUGAUCCUGGCAUCAGUAUUACAGUUUUACCAAGAGAUAUUCUUCUUGAGCGAAUACCAUGGGUUCCACCUGAAUGUAUUGAAAAUCCCAAACAAUUAAGCCUGGCCACAGAUAAAUGGAGUUUUGGUACUACUUUGUGGGAAAUCUGUAGUGGAGGAGACAAACCUCUGAGUGCACUGGAUUCUUCAAGAAAACUACAGUUUUAUGAAGACAGGCACCAGCUUCCUGCCCCCAACUGGACAGAACUAGCAAACCUUAUAAACAACUGUAUGGAUUAUGAGCCAGAUUUCAGGCCCUCAUUUAGAGCAAUUAUACGUGACUUGAAUAGUCUGUUCACUCCAGAUUAUGAACUACUGACAGAAAGUGAUAUGUUGCCAAAUAUGAGAAUUGGGGCACUUGGAUUUUCAGGUGCUUUUGAAGAUCGGGACCCAACACAAUUUGAAGAAAGGCAUCUGAAGUUUUUACAGCAACUUGGCAAGGGAAAUUUUGGCAGUGUUGAGAUGUGCCGGUAUGACCCCCUGCAAGAUAAUACUGGGGAGGUGGUGGCUGUGAAAAAGCUGCAACAUAGCACAGAAGAGCACCUUAGGGAUUUUGAAAGAGAAAUUGAAAUACUUAAAUCUCUGCAGCAUGAUAACAUUGUUAAAUACAAAGGAGUAUGCUACAGCGCAGGUCGUAGGAAUCUAAGAUUGAUUAUGGAAUAUUUGCCAUAUGGAAGUUUACGAGAUUAUCUGCAGAAACACAAGGAGAGGCUGGACCACAAGAAGCUUUUGCUGUAUGCAUCUCAGAUAUGUAAGGGCAUGGAGUAUCUGGGUACCAAAAGGUAUGUUCACCGAGAUUUAGCAACCAGAAAUAUCUUAGUGGAGAAUGAGAACAGAGUUAAAAUUGGAGACUUUGGAUUGACAAAAGUGUUGCCGCAAGACAAGGAAUACUACAAAGUAAAAGAACCUGGUGAAAGCCCUAUAUUUUGGUAUGCUCCAGAAUCUCUGACAGAAAGCAAAUUUUCUGUCGCCUCAGAUGUGUGGAGUUUUGGUGUGGUCUUGUAUGAACUCUUCACAUACAUUGACAAGAGCAAAAGCCCACCAGCUGAAUUCAUGCGCAUGAUUGGCAAUGAUAAACAAGGGCAGAUGAUCGUGUUUCACUUGAUAGAGCUUUUGAAGAAUAAUGGACGACUACCAAGACCAGAUGGAUGCCCUGAUGAGAUCUAUGCCAUCAUGAAAGAAUGCUGGAACAAUAAUGUUUCCCAACGCCCCGCCUUUAGGGAUCUUGCUCAGCGAGUGGAUCACAUAAGGGACAACAUGGGUGGAUGAGAAAAGUGUCCCUCCUUCAGAGAAUGUGUUGCAAUGCAGAGCAAAACGUACUUGGUCUGUUUUGUAUAAUUGACAUGUACACAUGUGCAUCUUACCUUUGCUGGAAGUAAAAUCUGUUGUGGCAAAUAUCCUAUCUCAAUCUGCAUACUGAGGUGUAUCCUACUGGUUUUUUUUUUGUCAGGAUAUAUUUGUUACUAUGAGAACAUACUGAAAUUUUAAAUAGGGAGAGAAAUUAUUUUUCUAAACAAAAUAACCUAAUAUAUGGUCAGUCUACAGCACCAUUAUUUGCCUUACUUGGCAAUGCAAAAAAAAGUUGACUUAAAAUGUGGUAAAACAUGGUGAGAUGAAGAGAUGAAAAGACAGUGUAUUUCCUUCUUGAAAUGGAGAUGCUCAGGAAAGACUUCCAGUCUUUUCUGACUAGGCAUAUAGUGGCCUGUUUUGUGUGUUGCACAAGGGCUUGUGUUUGUUAGUACAGUUUUAUAAUUUUUUUCAUUGUUGAUGCAGAAAUGGCUUCUCUCUAUAACAAAAUAGAAGUGGUUGUGUAACCCAAAAACUUUAAAUGUGCCUAUCUGAAUCAGUUAUCAGCUAGCAAUAUAUGCAAAGAGAUACAAUGGGCUGUGUGACGUACUGUAAGUAUUUUGAGGGAAAGGGAGCAAAUUGUUAAUUUGGAGAGCCAGAAAACCUACUCAUCCAGGUUAAAAUUUAAUUUAAAAUUAAAAAGCAAACAUGUUAUCCAGUUUUCCUCACUCUUCUUUUCCACUUUUGAGCAAGUAUUAGAUUCCCUUUACAUAAUUGAAGGUACAGUGAUAACAAGUAGAAAUUAAUCCAUUUUAUACAAGGCAGUGUCUUCAGUUUUUUUCUGAACAUGAAAAAGCUAAACAUACUGCUUUUGUACACUGCUCUUUUGUUCUUUCCAUCUUUGUAAUUUUCAUGCAGUCAUAGAAGUUUUUUUAAGCAGAAUUAAAAAUCUAGAAAAUGCCCUCCAUUUCACAGUUCCUCACUUUGCUGUCAAGAUGAUGACCUUGUACUUUCCUUUCCAUACACAAAAAAAAGAAUGCAUGUGGCCCAACAUUGGAUGCUGCCAGUGACAAGCACAUCAACUCUAUUUUGUAAUGAAGUGGCCCAAGUUGCCUUCAGUUUACCUCUGUGGUAACACCCAAAGUAAGUCUACUUGCAAGAAGGAAUUACAAGUGCAAUUGCUCCAUACUCAGCAGGGGGAAAGAACAUUCAUUAUCCCAGCUACUGAGAACUGGAAGGAGAUCAGAGCUACCUGAGCAGAUUACAUAUGCUGUAUAAUUUGGCUUUUUAAAUAAGUCUAACAAAAAUUGAUGGACAAGACAACUCUUCGGUUUUGCCUGCAGGCAUAAAACUUGGGGAUAAUCUCAUAUCUGAAAGCAGUAAAGUUGUAGAUUUUUUAUUUUUAGUUCAAGUAAUUUUAUUUUUUUUUUUUUUUUACUUAAGCAUUAUUGUUUGCAAAGUACUUUGCUUGUUUUUCUUGGACUUUUGCUGUGAAAGUUCAAUUAAGGGGAUAUACAAUUUAGCAAACUGACCUGUCAUCCAGGCUUGUAUUUAAAAUGAAGUGUUUGUUUUUAAAAUUUGUGGCAGUGAGUUGGUGAAAUAGAGGAGUUACUUGCACUGUAGGGCCUCCUCAAGAUUUGUGGUUAACUAAAUCCAUCUUAUAGAAGUUUUAAGUACCUCAACUUAAAAAAAAAUAUUAAAAUUCUUAUGUAGUGUAACACAGUGCCAGUAUAUCAAUGUUUUGUACCACUAUGAAUGUUUCUGUCCCGCCAGUCACUCGUUCAAUAUUAUGAUCUUUAUAAUAUGGGAGGUUGCUAAAUAGGGAGGGCAGCAUCAGCCCUCUUUCUGCCCAUUGCAUUUAAUAAUAUUUCUAUUGGUUUUCUUGCCAUUAAGCAUUUGCUUUAUAAUUUUUAGAACUUGUGAAAUUUUAAUUUUACAAUCAGUUUUUAAGCUGCAAAGAACUUCAAAGUGCUUGGUUCAAUUAACAUGUGUUUUCUCCAUUUCUAUACAUUGCUUUGAAGAUUUUGUGCAAAAGUUGUCUUUGCAUUUGUAGUCUCCGUUGUAUGUAUGUAUUUUUUGUAACAAAAGAAGAUAAAGCUUUAAAGCAUUGAAACAGCAUUUUAGCUGGUAUAAUAUAUGCAGGAAUUAUGUAAAAUUCUCAGUGUAUGACACUUAGUAGGUAAGUUGUUUCCAAUCUAUGGUAGACUAAAUAUAAUUUAUGUAAAAAUCUCAGGGAAGUUUGUGUAAUGCAAUUAAGAGAUCUUCCAGUCUGCUAUUUUUUCAAGUGAAUAAAGUCUUUUUCUUGUUCUACUACA